CUGCUCCGGUCAUCACUGCCACAACUGCUAAAAUGGAGGUGGUUUCAGCGGAAGUCAACAGCUUGCUUCCUGAGGAAAUAAUGGACACCGGUAUAACUCUGGUGGAAGACGACAGCAUCGAGGCGGUUAUCGUGUCGUCGCCAAUGGGAGACUCUAUUCCCAUGGAAACAGAACUGGAAGAAAUAGUGAGCAUAAGCUCCACCAGCGACUCCACAGCUACAACCACAGCCACAGUCACCACAGAAUCAGUUACCACACCCAGCAAUCACUCAGGCAACACGACAGUGAACACAACCCCAAAAACUGAUGUGAAUGCAGUAGUAAAGCCUACCUUUCCAAGUGGCCUCCAUAAACUUGGUGCUCAGACCCCUGUCACUAUAUCAGCCAAUCAAAUUAUUCUGAACAAGACUGCUGAUAUUAAAAUAGGCAAUCAGAAUAUUAAACCAGAUGGGCAAAAACUAAUUGUAACAACUUUGGGCAAGUCUGGCCAGCCUAUUGUUUUAGCAUUACCCCACAACCAGCUCCCACAAGCACAGAAGGCUGUGUCCCAAGCCCAAGGUGGAGACUCCAAGGUACAAGGCCAGCAGAUCAAAGUUGUUAUUGGAGGUCGAUCAGAAGUGAAACCUGUUGUUGGUGUCUCAUCUUUGACGCAAGGAAAUCAGCUGGUAAACACUACGUCCCAGCCUUCUGUUUUGCAGACCCAGCAAUUAAAAACAGUACAGAUCGCAAAGAAGACCCGAACCCCAACUUCUGGCCCAGUGAUCACCAAGCUGAUCUUUGCAAAGCCAAUCAAUAGCAAAGCUGUUACAGGGCAGACCACUCAAGUGUCACCAGUCAUUGCAGGUAGGGUUCUUUCACAGUCUGCUCCAGGAACACCACCAAAGACAAUAACUAUCUCUGAAAGCGGAGUCAUUGGAUCAUCUUUGAGUACGACAACACAACAGACACCAAAUAAAAUAGCUAUCUCGCCACUCAAAUCCCCUAAUAAGCUAACAGUGGUGUCAGUGGCCUCCCAGCCUCCCAACUCCCCCCAGAAGACGGUGGGCGUCCCACUGAAUGUAGCGUUAGGACAGCAGAUCCUCACAGUGCAGCAGUCAGCGCCCUCCUCCCCUGGGAAGGCUAUAGUCAACCACACAACCGCCCAGGCUGUGAAAUCAGCAGUGCAGACCAUUACUGUAGGAGGAGUGGGCACAUCUCAAUUUAAGACAAUUAUUCCCCUGGCAACUGCACCCAAUGUUCAGCAAAUUCAGGUACCUGGAAGCAAGUUCCAUUAUGUCAGACUUGUUACUGCCACAACAGCCAAUAGUUCAACCCAGUCGGCCAGUCAAAGUCCCAGUACGAAUACACAGCCUCUUCAACAGG